CUUUGUUUCUUCUUUUCCUUUCCUUCCCUUUUCUCUUCCUCCUUUCUUUAUCUUUCACCUGCUUGCUUCCCUUCUAUUCCUGUGUCAAAUAGCCUUCCCCGACAAUUGUUUGUGUGUGCUCACUUCUCUUUCUUUCACUUCUUAACCAUUCCCGUCCCCACGAUCUAUGCUCUCUUAAUGCCUUCUCUCUCUCUUGUUCAUAUUUAAUUAAAUCACGCACAAUUUAUCAAUGUCGCCAUUAUCAUCAUCAUCACAACGCCCAUCCUCCUACUCCUUCUCUUCUUCUUCUCCAUCAAUUGCAUCGUCCACAUCCAAACUCAUGCCCUCGUCUUUACCCUCCACCCGAUCUAUGCCUCCGGAAUGUCUAGAACGUAUCGUCUUCCAUGCUUCUCAGGACCAUCGUGUCCUCUGUACACUAAUGCAGGUCAACUCUACACUCUUUCAAAUGGCCACUCCUUAUCUUUAUCGAGAGGCAUUCCACUUUCAGUUCGGAGAUGAGUUUAUCCUUGACUGGAACACUGAGGCGUGGACUCGACAUCUGAGAGAGGUUCGACAUACAAAACUGCUGCUCCUCUACUUAUCUUGUACAGAACCCGUUCAAUCUGCCUUGUCGCCAUCAUUAUCAUUAUCAUCAUCAUCAUCAUCAUCAUCAACACCGUCCUCAUUAUCAUCGUCACUAUCUUCAUCAGCAUUAUCUUCAGCUUUCUUGUCACCACAUACCGAUCUACUCAACAGCACUGCUACUUUAUCAGCAGCAUCAGGGCAAACAGUAGGGGCAAAACAAGAGCCACCUGGACCAAAGUCUGGUGCUGUGUCAACUAAAGCAACAGCUGGGGCAUGUCCUACGAUUCAACGAAAUAAAUACUUGAGGAGAUUGAGUAUGUUACAGGGUCAAGGUCAACGACAACAUGAGUAUGUUGAGCCACAGGAUAAUGACAGCGUCAAUAACGACGAUAGUAGGAGUCAUUCUCUUCCAAUGUCCUCCUUGUUCACUGGUUCUGCUGUCAGCCGCAUUCCUGCAUCGUUAGAAACACUUCUUAAAACCUAUAUUGAUUGCCUCGAGUCACAUAGUGACACAACUAACGCAACAAUGGGCUCUUCUAUAUCAGCUUCCAUGAAACGAAAGCCUGGCAACAGUUGUGGUAGUAUCGGCAUACGCAAGGGCAAGCAGAGAGGUACCUCCAAUAAAUGGACAGGACAACGACAACGGACAGUCAAUUAUCUAGACUACGUGGAACACUUGGACCUCGACAUCUUUCUCACAACAGCUAUCCAAAAUCUCUUCUCUCUAUCCUCGCUGUCCUCGUGCUCAUCAUCAAAAGGAAAGCGACGUCUAUCAACUGGCUUUCUUCCUAGUCAACAUCAUGGAUCCUCAAGAUCGAAGUCUUAUCUGUCCGAAAGGGUAUUUAUUGAACAAGUCCUUUUCCGAUCCACUGCCCAACAUAUCACAACACUAUCGCUCUCAGUGACAACCUUUGCACGUUUACAACGGGAUUUGAUGGAGUAUAUUGUCACUCCUUCUUCAUCCAUGGCAACAGCAGCAGCAGCAGCAGCACAAAGGGAGCGAACGCCAAAGACCAAGAACGGUGCGGGCGUUUGGGAAGGUGCACCGCUCUCUCAGCUCUCCCGCUUGAACAUAUCUGGACUGCAUGCGGAGCUCAAGCCAAGAGUCUUAAGAGCCAUUCGCUGGUUUUUGCGCCGGCACGUGGCUGUAUACCCUGGAACUCUAACAGCUAUUUCUUUGGAGGGUGCUGGUGAUUCGAUCGUGAACCGAAGACGUCAACGGAAUCGAAAUGUGGUCGCUGCAGAACCUGUACAGCCAGGAGUUGUUCAUUUUAACCACCAAGAUGCAGAUUAUUAUGAUGAGAACGAAGUGAUAGAUGAGCUGGAAGAGGAGGAGCAGCCAGGACAUGGGCACCAUAACCACCACCAUCACCUAUACCAGCAUCAGCAACCACAAACCACAAACCAUCAUCAAUAUCCCCACCACCAUCCUUUACACUACCAUAAUCUGCCCUUGAAUGGGGGGCCUAACGGCGUGUUAUUUGUCGAUGCCGCUGGCCAGAUCAAUAACAUCCUUAACGGAGGCAAUAACGCUGCUGCUGCUGCUGCUGCUGCCGCACAAGCAGCUGUGGCAUUCCCCGGAGUCUUUCAUUCGCAGUAUUAUUUACUAAACCGAAACCCGGAUCAAUCAUGCGAGAUAGAUUUCCUGUGCGUCUUUCAGGAGCUACAAGGGCAGUUAAAAGUCUUGGAUCUGUCCCAGUGGUCUUGGAGCGUGAUUACACAUCAAGCAUUAGAUCUGAUCCCGACUAGCCAUCUGACGACUCUUCGAUUCCAUCCCCGGACCAGGAUUCAAUCUCCUCAUGGGUCUCUGUUCUUGUCACGAUGCCCUAUGCUGAAAGACCUAGAGAUCCAUGCUUUCGAUGCAGGACUACUCGAUCUGGAUAAUAACAGCUAUUACAGCGCUUUCAUGAACACCAAUGGUAGUAGUAGUGAAGGUGGUAAUGACGCCAAUGUAGGCGUGAAUACAACUACUCUAAGUUCUAUUCAUCAGCACCAACAGCAACAGGAGCAUCAGCUCAUGUCCCCCUCAAUGUCAAUCUCAACCCCUGACCUUACCUCUACAUCAAUAACUGGAUCUUCUUCCUCAGUGACAACAUCACUUCAAUCAUUGUCGCUAACAGGGAGUGUCCAAAAUGUGCUGCCAGCUGCCAGCGAUGCCAUUCGGAUUAUGGGAAAGUCUCUGACAACACUCGAGCUCACUGGGCAUCUCGAUGGCUUUCUGUCAGCUCAGCAAACACACCGUCUAAUGGACUGGAGCGUUUCACUUUCAGACAUGGCUCUUCCGCAUCUAACCACCUUGCAGCUCCAUGGCCAUCUCGCUAUGACGUUUGAGGUCCCUUUAUUGUUAGAGCUCUGUCCAACCUUGAGGAAGCUUGGAUUGACAAUCAGGUCGUACACUAGUACAAGCUUUAUCCGUUCAGAGGCUGCACGUGUUCUGCCGCGAUUUAUGGUACCAUGGGAAAAGAAAGAAAAAGAGAUGGCGAACUCUGAUCCACAAAGUCAUGGCUCAGUCUCGAAAGAAGCUCGAAAGUUUUGCUUACGAGAACUGCACUUAGAGGGCCCAUGGAUCCUGACAGAUAAAGAUAUGACCCAAUUAGGCGAGCAGAUUUAUGGCUUGGUGGUUUUGAAUCUGGUUGAAUGCCGAUUUUAUCCCAACCAGCGACGUCGGAUGGUGAACGAGGAAGACAGGGUGGAAGAAGAUUUGGAACGCUGUGGUGAUCCGGAGGUUGGCAAGAGCAGUCAUGACAUUGACAGUGAUCAGGAGCAGGCUUCUCCAGUUGUGCGUCUUGUAGAGCGUAUGCAGGGGACGCUUCGUAUCUUGAGAGUCCAUCGUCGUGGGCUUGAAGGAAAGCCACGUCGUGACUCUGCUGACUAUUCAUCAUCCAUCCUGCCCAGCAAAGUCCCCGCCACCUCAUCGACUUCCCUUGACGCUUUUCAUGACAGUAAUAACAACAAAAGCAUCAUCAAUAGCGGGAACCUCUCGACAGCUCACAUUUCAUUACCAUCACUUCCACAAUCUUCUUCGUUACCCAGAGAGUCUGUUCUCGAAUUUAAGAAACGGUUCCCAUUGAUCGAGUUGCAGAUUCAAGAGAGACAACACGAGCAUAGUUUUGUGUUAGCUUCCUCUGCAGAGACCCUACGUCGGAUCCAUCAAUCACCACGGCCUGCACGGAUUCCAACCCAUUUCUCAGACCUGUUGGGACAGCCAAGUUCACCCUCAAGAUUACAUGAUUUUCAAGCUCAGAACUCUGCAUGGCGGAGGGUUCAACAUGCAAUGCCAUUUUUGAAGAUCUUCCAGAGACGGCCUACGUACACGCCCAAUGGAUACGAGAAUCAUUUGAUUCGGUCUUGGGGCCGUCCUUCUGAACGCUUUGCAUGGUUGUUGCCAACCAGACGGCGGAGCUCUGUGCCAAACAUCAAUGUCACAUUUUAGAAAUUUAGAAUAAAAUAAUAAUAAAAAAGUUCAAUCAAAGCUCAAUUGCAUUUUAGCUAUCAUACAAU